UUUCCGGUUCCGCUGUGGGCCGGAGAAGACAUGGCGGCGUCUGCGUCGGCUGCUGCAGCUGAGGAGGACUGGGUCCUUCCCUCUGAAGUGGAGGUGUUAGAGUCCAUCUAUCUGGAUGAGCUACGGGUGGUCAAAGGAAAUGGCAGAUCUUCGCCGUGGGAGAUUUCCAUCACCCUCCACCCGGCCACUGCCGAAGACCAGGACUCCCAGUACGUCUGCUGCACCCUGCUGCUCCAGGUCCCGGCACAGUAUCCCCACGAGGUGCCGCUCAUCUCCAUCCGGAACCCUCGAGGACUCUCCGAUGAGCAGAUCCACAAGAUCUCCCAGGCACUGAGCCACGUGGCCACUGCGGGCCUGGGCACUGCCAUGCUCUAUGAACUCAUCGAGAAAGGGAAGGAGAUUCUCACUGAGAACAACAUCCCCCACGGCCAGUGUGUCAUCUGCCUCUACGGGUUCCAGGAGAAGGAGGCCUUCACCAAGACGCCCUGCUACCACUACUUCCACUGCCACUGCCUGGCGCGCUACAUCCAGCACAUGGAGCAGGAGCUGCAGGGGCGGGAGCGGGAGCGGCAGUACUGCGCGGCCACCGCCACCAAACAGAAGGCAGCCCGAGUGCAGUGUCCUGUGUGCAGAGAGCCCCUCGUGUACGACCUCGCCUUGCUGAAAGCGGCCCCUGAGCCCCAACAGCCCAUGGAGCCAUACCAGCCCAGCGCCGAGAGUCUGCGGCAGCAGGAGGAGCGCCAGCGGCUGUACCAGCGGCAGCAGGAGCGGGGCGGCAUCAUUAACCUGGAGGCUGAGCGCAGCCGCUACUUAAUCAGCCUCCAGCAGCCUCCCGCGCCCUCGGAGCCCGAGCCAGCCGCCGUGGAACCGGCCGCCCCGCCCACUGCCCAGCCCGCCCUGCCCGCUGCGCUGCCCAUGGCCACCCAGAACGUGUGUGAGAAGAUUCCAGGGCCCGGGCCAAAUCCGCUGAGGUUGGGAGAGCCCCUGAAAACCGUGCCAGAGAUCCCCCAGGCCAGCCGAGGCCCGUGGAGACAGCCAGAACCGAGACACCCCAGGGGACGGGUAUGCAGUGUCCCCAGAGGGACCAGUGAUCCUCAUGAACUGCCCCCUCCUGAAGGGUCCCUCAAGGAGCCCAUGGACCGAAGGCCAGAAUCCCGGAACCCAGGGCUAGGAGGGCCUCCCCGAGAGAGGGGACCUGGCACCUGGCAGGGUCCCCCACCCCGCAGGACUCGGGACAGUGCCCGCUGGGAGCGCCCCAAAGGGCGGACCCCGGCAGCAGCGGCUUCCUACCCCCGCCUGCCUCGGGGCCGGGGCGCCCACCAGCCUGGCACCCGCAGGGAGCCCCUGAACUUGGAAUCUGAGGAUGGUUCCUAGCACUCCUAGUCAGGGGAGUGGGAGGGACAGGGGACUUGGGGUGGGAAAGGGGGACAAUAAAGAGAUUUGGCCUAGUCGGGCGUCCUUGGAUCAGAAGUGGGGCCCAGCAGAGCACUCAAGUCCAUUCUCAAGAGCUUGGCAUCAAGAAGUCCAGUGGAUUUGCAAGACCACCCUGGCGAGCACGGCAUCGAAGCAAGAAUCCACAAGAUCCACCGGGUCUCCAAGUCCCAGGGGUCCACCCACGUUUCUAGGGUGCAGAAUGUCACUUCCUGUUCUGGACAGGGUCUUGGAGCUGCUGCUUUUAAGAGACCAGGCAAAAAGGAAGCUGGUUUGGCCCUAGGCUGACUGCUGAGACAACUCCAUCCCUGUGGCAUAUUCCCACCAAACUCAAACGCUGAAACACGUAGAACCUAACAUCCUCCUGGAUGGGGGCAUGGAUAACACAGCGGUGUGUAGGGCAUCUCCCUUGCACGCGGCCAACCUGGGUUUGAUCCCCAGCGUCCCAUUUGGUUCCCAAGUCCCACCAGACACGAUCCCUGGAUGUGGAGCCAGGAGAAAGGCCCGAGCACUGCCAAGUGUGGCACCUUCCCUUCCCCCAAAUAAAAAGGCAGUCCCGUCCACUCACUUCCAGCCCAUGGC